AUGUCAUCUAGUAAAGAAACAGUUGUUGACUUUUGGAUUACAAAUGAUAUUCAAAAACGAUUUCUGAAGGAUGCACAAGUUAGUGCCUGUUUAGAAGAGUUUCUCUCAAAGUCACUGUCAAUUAAAAUCAAGAUCGAUUGUCACAGUUCAACAAAGGACAGUUGGUGGCGUACCAGAGGAUCAACGAUGGUUAGAGUUCAAUUAAUUGAUGGAAGUCAGUAUAGACCUGAUAUGCGAAAAGCUUUUCAUGAUUUACUCAAACAAUUUCUUACGAAAAUACAACUUAAAGUAUAUAAUCGUGAUGAUAAAGUUGUGCAAUUGCUGAGGUUGCAGACAAUGGUCGGAACACGGAUGAAUCUUCUUCAAACACUUAUAAAUCGAAGAAUUAACGAUAUAAUCUCUGUUUUGGUACUUAAAAAUUAUGGUUUAUACGUGUAUUAUUUACCAAAGAAGCCAUUUGGUACUAUUGACGCGAAAAACCUAACGUAUUUCAUUGAAAAUGAAGUUUCGCUAGACGUAAUACAAUUACCACCGUCAUACGAACGAUCUUUGCAUGUUGAAAGAGAGCUAAGAGAAAUAAUAUCAAGAGAAAAGGAAAAUAAUGAAAUCUUUAUUCUAUUUAAUGGUGUUUUGCCAAAUGUCAAACGACAAGAAAUUAUUCUUUACGGUUAUCGCAAAAAAGUAAUUAAAAUAAAAAAAGAAAUCUUGAAUGUUUUUGAAAAGAAUACUUUAAUUGCCUAUAAACUCAAUUUUAAAAGUCAACAACAAAUUGAAGCAUUUACUGAAUGUCAUUCAAAUCCAUUGAAAAGUAUCGAAAGACUAUAUAAUGAUUAUGGUGUUAAGUUACAAUUGGAAUCAAAUGAGUUUUUAGCACCUGAGCAUAUAAAAAAUGAUAUCGAAUCGUACAUUGAAGAAAUUUUAUCAGAAGUAUCCACAAAUAAAACAUUCGAAACUAUCGAAUUAUGUAAAGAUAUCGCUAUAAAAGAAGAACAGCACUUGAGAAUUAUUGCAGAACGUUAUAAAUGUUAUAUUAAAACUGAAUUGAAGCAUAAUUGUCAAUCAUAUCCUGUGCCAAAGGCAUUAAUUUCCAACACGCAAGUAUCACAAUCAAUAUUUGAACAAUCAAAACAAUUUUAUUCUUCAACCGAUGUAUUAAAAAAAAUGAUUGUAGCCAAUGGAUCAAUUGAACUUCGUAUAGGAGAUAUUGCUUUACAAGAAACUGAUGUGAUUGUAAUUUCCACAACAUUCAAUGGUUUGAAAGAAGGUGUCAUUGAAAGAUUAGGUGAAAUACAGAACGAAGUAACUUAUAUAGACGUCGAUGGUACUAUGUACACUGAAACAAAUGGAGGUAAAUUAAAUUGUAAACGAAUUUUAUUUUCUAAUUGGUUACCUAUAUCAUUAAUCAAUAAUGAUCAAAUUUUACGAUCAUCAAUACGAAAAUUUGUUACAAAAUCUAUGGAAUAUAUAACAAAAGAAAAAGCUACAAAAUCAAUUGCAUUUGCCAUACCGGAUACAUCUACAGAUGAAACUAUUUUAGCCGAGAUAAUGGUGGCUGAAAUUAAAAGACAUUUAGAAACAAAUAAAUUACCGUUAAAAAUUGUAUUCGUCUGUUUACCUGAACAAGAAAAUUUAUAUCAGCAAUUCUCGAAUUUAAUUCCAACAAUGAAAGAUAAUUUUAUGUAUUUGGAUUAUCCAACUACAGGUAAGAUCUUAAGAGUAGUGCCCUGCACAAAUACUACUUUUGGUAUCCGGACCGGAUCCGGCCACAUUCGCACCCGGGACCAAACCUGACUCGACUAGAUCUAGCUGUUAAAUAAUGAGCGUUUGAGUCGAAUUGUCAAAAUUAAAUGUAUUCUUCCCAUGUUACCGAAAUCGGAUUAUAACCGACGGUUAACCACGGUUCUUUUUCUUGAUUUUUCGUUUUCAUGUCUCACUAGAUGAAUAUUUUUUAAUUCUUACAAAAUUGUUAGAUUUGAGACUAAUUCGCGCUUCUUUAUAUUUGUAAACGCACUGAAACCACUGGUACUAGCCACAUCAGCUAAUUUUGCUUAGUUUUCGAGAUUGAAUGUUUCAUUAAAGAUGCCGCUAGAAAAAUAACUAUAAGUUAGAAGAUUAACCAAUAGAAAAAUUUGUAGUGCUAUCUAAAAUAGCACACUAAAACAGAUUAAAAUCGAUUUUUUUGAGUAAGAAAUGAUGUUUUCAGAAAGAUCAAUAUCAGUUUUAUAGGUGUGGAUCUUCUCUUCAUCUACACCCACACCCACCCACACCCUGUGGGAGUUUUCCAAUGGGAACUUCAUUCACGUUAAUACCUUCAUUUUUAUUUAUUCAUUUUAGUCAUUAAAGUAAUACUAUUUGGAUGCGAUGAAGAACACGUAACUAGAUGUGAAGAAAAAAUAAACGAAUAUCUUUCACGAUGUGUUGCUAAAGAAAAAAUUGCAGACUCUAAUGACAUAUUUGAAUCUUGGGAUCAACAUACAAUAAAUUGUUUUUUUAAAUACUGUAAAGAUAGAUAUGUAUUACCAAAACUCACGAAAAAGAAAAAUCUAAUCGAAUUGAUUGGUCCAUCUUAUGGUAUCUCAGAUGUCAAAAAGAAGCUUCAUAUCCUGUCUAAAUUAAUGAAACAAGCAGUGAAUGAUAUGUCAGUUAUAAGAUGGCCGAGUUCAUCUGUCAGUACUUCGGUACAAUCUGAAAAUAGAAUGUAUACUAAAAUGACUAUCUUAUAUAAUAUUGUGAUUAGUUAUAGUCAAAAUGAUAUAAGAAAAUGUCGACGUUUAAUCAAUCGAUUAACUGAAGAGGGUUUCUCAAUCGGAACAAAUUCGAAUCUAGCUGAAGAGGAACACGAUUUAUGCUCUCAAAUGGAUAAAUCCGAUUGUAUUAUAUUGUGUAUUAGCGAAAAUUAUUACGAAAAUUUAUCAUGCAUAAAAGAAGCUAAAUAUGCUUUUCGGGCACAUAAAAGAGUUUUUCUUGUAAAUAUUCAAUAUAAUUCACCAAUCAAUUUGGAUAAAAGUCUAUUUGAAGGACCAUACUUUUUCCAUUUAUUUGGUUCAGAUAAUUAUUUCGAAUUAGAAUACGAACGACUAUUACUUGAAUUGGUAAAAUGAAUAAAAAUAGAUUUCAUUUUCAUUAUGAAUCCAUAGUUUAUUCUACUUAGUUACGAUACACAAAGCCUGGUUUUACAACUAUACUACAACAUAGAUCGAGUCGUACACAAAACGGCAUUGAUGAUUCACCGAAAAAAUCAUCAGUAGAACAGCGAUCAUUAAUUAAAAAUAUAACUGGUCGAAAAUCUUCGAAAGCAAAGCAUCAGACAAUGACGAAUAUCAUUUCUGACAUUCACAAGGAAGAAAGAAAACCAAAUAAUCAAGUGAUAACUAGUUGUUCUAAACGUAAGUUUCUUAACAGAAUACGAACAGAUCAUAAUAAUUAGAUUCUUCUGCUGUGAGUCAUGUCUUUCGAUUUUACUCAAUGAUUGAGACAAACAAUACACUUUUUAUCUCUUGUCGUGUGCCCAUCGGCAUUUCGAAGAGAUGUUCAUUGCGACUGAAAAUCUACGUAUCUCUGACAUGGACAUCUCUGGUGUCUGAUUCGGAUCAAGUUGGACUAAAUAUAUGCAUACAUUCGAGGCAAAACUCAUUUUAAUCUAUUUAAUCUAAAAGCUCCGCAAAAGUGCGUAUAACUUUAGAUGAAUGUAAGAAAUAGUUACAACAUUACAUGUAUUGUUAUCGACUGCUACGGUAUAUUUCAGUUCAAAAUAGGUUAGUAUUGGACUUCUUUAAAAUGGCUGACCAAAUGGUCCUUGGGCAGUGAUUAAACAGCUCUCUUCAGGAGGUAUUCUGGUCUUUGAGUUUUCAACAAAGGAGCUGAAAUAAAAUAGAGUUGGAUGACUGAAAAGAAAAAGAUAGAUCAUUGAAGUACGUUAAACAAAGCAAGAAACAUCUAGUUAUACGAAAACCAUUCGAACUCAAAACAUACUUGGUACAUCUCUACUAACGAGUAUCUCCUUCGAUAAAUCAUUCUCAUGAUUCUUUGAACGGCAUAGGCUUAAAUAACAUUAUAAUGUAGAUUAAAUCUUAUUUUAUCAUAGUGCUCGUGUUUUUCCUGCAAGAGUUGCAGAUUUCAUGAGAUUGUAGUCAACAUAUACUUUUCGCACGUUCACUAUGCAUAAAAUACGCACGACAAUGUAUGCUUUUGAGUGUUCAGCCUACAUUCACUAACAUUUUCAAUUAUGAGAACUUCAAAAACAUACAACCCUAGAUUUUUGAUUUUUCUCUUUUGGAGUUAUGAUUAAUGAAACAAACUGUCGAUCAUGCUUCUUUUCCUAGAACUGUGACAAAAGGAUAUUAACCCUUUCUUGCUCUAUGGUAUUUAUAAAUAUCAUUUUAUAAAACAUCGAUUCUUUUAAACUAUGAGAAAUUUAGCAAAAUAUUUUAUAUCAAUCUAAAGUGUAUAUACUGUAUACUUUAAAUCAACAAUUCGAAACUAUUCUUUACCAUGAAAAUAAGUUUUUUGACAUUCUCCGAAUACAUAAUGUUAUGACACGUACUGCGAUGUUGUCAUUUUCAGACAUUUUUCAAAUAAAAAGAAUAACGAACGUACUAUGUAUCUAACAUUUUGACCCUGGAUGGAUUUAAUUUAAACUUCUCUUGUGUAUAGUAGAGGUCAUAAGAUUGCUGUUAUUGAUCGAAUCGUUUUUCCGAACCGUCAGGUUUAGCCAAAGGCAAGAAAUGGUUAACACGUGUAUCAUGCUUGUAAAAUGAGAAACAGAAUUAACUUAUAACUGUGAUAGACUGUGAAGAGUGUAGGUAUGAGGUGAGGUACGGUUUGCAUGUCGAUAUUAGUGAGACUCACUGUGUUUACUCAUGCCCACAUCCAUACUCACAACUCCACCCUGGUGAAAAAAGGUAUAAAGUUGGUUGAGCUUCUGACCUUUGAGAUCUAUAUUAUAGAUACUUGCCAAAAAUCUUAAUCGAUUUCUUCUCUAUUUAACUAUUUAUAUUGUGUGUCAUUGAAGCUAUAAUUCCUAAUUUUUUAAGGUAACCUUAAUACAUUCGAAGAAUAUUGGUUGGUAACUUUAAACAAAUACCUCAAGAAAAAUUUAUCAUCAAUUGUAUUUAAACGAAAAGCUUCCUAUGAUAAUAAACUUCCAAUGCAAAUACCUUCAAGUACUUACAAAGACUUCGGCUUAUAUGUUCAGUCGGCUUCUGAAAAUAAUUUCACAAAUUCUUCAUCUACCCUCGCUGUAAUCAAUCAGCAUAUUUUUGCAUAUUCAAGAAGGGAACAAAGAGAAAUUCAAUUAUCUGUUAAUAGAAUUUCGAUAGAUACUGAUCGAACAUAUGGACGUUGUACAGGAAAAGUUCAGUUUUUCGGUGGUGUAUCUCAAGUUUUUUCUAGCGAAUUCUCGUCCACUGAUUUCAUACCACGUCGGAAAAACCAAUACUAUUCUUUGAGAAUAACAUCAAUAUAUGGAAGUGACAUGCCAAUGAAGGAAUUCAGUGAAUUAAGGCGUCACAAAGAAAAGAGGAAUACUCCGGAAAAAUUGGCUAAAUAUUUUAUUCAAAAAUAUAAUUAUACUAAUGAACAAUUGAAUGUUUAUUUAAAAUUUGUACAAAGGAUGAAAGACAAUGCUGCAGAAUUAGAAAUGCUGUGUUCAACAUCUGAAAUCGUGAAAUAAUACUUUCAGCAAAAAUAUUGACCUGUAGAAGUCACAACAUGUUGAUUUUUCCUUCUGAAUAAAAUUUUUUUGAUUCAAAAUAUAGCAGAACUACUGAAAAUAUCGAAGGAAUUGCCAAUAAAAAAAACACGAUGGUAUGGUAGAUUUGAAUUUUUUUAAAGUACAUAGAAACUUUGAUCUAUUUCGAAAGCAGAUCAAUAUUAAGUUCAGAACAAGACCUAAACCCACACCUACCCAUACACUUUUUAUAAUAUUCAAGAUCUUGAUCUAAUGCGUUCUAGAGUUUUUUUCCAGCAGCAUAAUCAUCUGUCGUCAUCAUUUGACAAUGAUGGUGAUCGUUACGAUCAGCUACCACUCCUGGUGGUAGUUGAUAUACAGCAUCAUUAAUAUCGCCUGUAGGUGUAAAUGGAGGAAAGUUUAACCAAGUCACUUGAGGAUACUUCUCUUUCCAAUAGGUUAGUGUACGGAUAAAAUCGAGACUUUCCGAAUCGUCAUUAUAUAAUUCAUUCUCAGUUGAUUUCAACAAAUCAUCAACAUGCUGUUUGACUUCAAGCAUUUUCAGUUGAUCAGAAGCAAUUUGCUUUUUUAGAGUUGCAUCGUACUUUGCUCGGCGUUCUACUAUUUGUUUUGCUGUUAGCACUCGACAAGUUUUCUGGUUUAUAGAAGGAUCUAGUCCCCUAUAUCGAAGCUAAACAUAGAAUAUAGGCAUAUACUGAAUGUUACUUCAUUUAAUUACUCAAAAGAUGCUUACUAGUUGCUUGACUAAUGCGUUGUAGCCUAUCUCGAAGUCGCUGCUAGAUCCUGCCAAUUUGAAGAAAGGCUUGUAAGCAAUGAUGAAACUGAGCCAUCCUUCAACAACAUAAUCCGAUGAGACACCAGCAGCGAUGAUGAUCUUGUGCUGAUCCGCAGCAUAGCGAGCUUCUUUUUGACAACAGUUGUCAUCAGAAUAGGCAUCACUUAUGCAAAGUAGAAUGACCUCACUACCAUCUAUUUUGUUGGCCAUCACUGUGUCAAAUUUGUUAUGAAUUUUGUCACUCUCGAUUGAAACUUGGAAACCAUCUUUGACGAGAAGUGCAGCAAGUUUAUGGCAGAGAACCUUGUCUUCGGAACAGUAGCUUAUCAUGACAGAGCAUGCCACACGUUGAUCCUUUGCUGAAACAAACGAAGACGCUUUUCUGUUAUUGGACACCUCUGUUGAUUCACUAAUAGAUGGCGCAAUCCGCGCCGAUGUUUUCAUCUGGCAUUGACCCAUUAGUAAAGUGUUUGUCACAAGUUUCGAUUAUGAAAGAAAGCAAGUUCUUACGUUUUGCUUUAUUACGUACGGUUAGAUAAUAUAAAUGUCGUCGAGUAUCUACGUUUUGAAGAAAAAGAGAAUGUUUGAAUCAAUUUUAUAUUCGUCAAUUCUCUGCAUACUAAAAGCAUGCUGCUUCAAAUUUAUGUUUUUUGUUAUUUGUCUUGAAGAUUUGAGGGUAGGCGAAGAUAGAGCUAGAAACCUUUAUUGUUUUAUGUGCAUGCACAUAUCAAUGACACAUCUACAAAUGAAAGCAUCGAUAUUCACCAUGACAAAUGUAAUUAGUUUGCUUUUUUCGUAUCAUGAGAGUUUCGAAUAGUCAUUUUGAAAACAAUUUAAGAUGGCUAUGAGGGAAAUGGUGCCAAAAUACGUGCUUGUAUUCUGGUUGCAAGCUAUAAUUUGAAAAGUUUUUACAAUAUUCAAAGGAACACAAGAUAAUAAAUUUCUGAUCGAAAAUACACUUUUUUCUUCUUUUAAAAUUCUUAAUAUGAAUAAAAUAUCACCUUAUCUUUUGUCUGCAACUAUACAUUGAAAGUCCUCUUUACUCUCACGUCUACAGAUAAUAAAACUAUAUGAAUACAGACAUAUUUAUUGCAUACAGAUAACAGUUCUUCUUUGGGCGAUAUAGUAUUAUAGAAAAUGAUAAAAAUAUACCAACAUCCAUUGAAAAUAAAAGUAAGAGAGUUAUACGACUUAUUUACUUGUGUAAAGAACAAAAAGAAAGAAUAACAAAAGAAAAACAAGUAAUCGUAAUGUCCUUGUACUUUUUCAAAAAAAUUCUGAAAGUAAUCUGCAAGGAAACAUACGUUUUCAGAAGACUUUAAGAUUAUCAAUGAAAGAUGUACGAAUAACAGGCAUUUCUUAAACCCAUAAUGAGGGUGUGAGUGUGGGGUGUGAGUUUGAGAGUGGGUGUGGGUGUGGGUGUGAGGGUGUGAGUUUGAGAGUGAGUGUGGGUGUGGGUGUGAGGGUGUGAGUUUGAGAGUGGGUGUGGGUGUGGGUGUGGGUGGGUUGUGGGGUGUGAGUGGGUGUGGGUGGGUGUGGGUGGGUGUGGGUGGGUGUGGGUAUGGGCGAGGGUGUGAUUAAAGGGCAGAGUAACACCCACACCCACACCCACCCACAUCCACAUCCACACCCACCCACACCCACACCCACACCC